AGCGAGCCGAGCCCCAACAGGAGCCGGGCCGGGGGGGGGCGGGUUGGGCGGGCGGGGGGGGUCCUCUGAGGGGGUCUCGCUCGGCGCGGCCAUGGAGGCGGACGGCAGCCAGGCUACCUCGGGGAGCCCCGGCGAGGCGCAGCACGACCCCGGCAAGAUGUUCAUCGGCGGCCUCAGCUGGCAAACCUCACCAGACAGCCUUAGAGAUUAUUUCAGCAAGUUCGGGGAGAUCCGGGAGUGCAUGGUCAUGCGGGACCCCACCACCAAGCGCUCCAGAGGCUUCGGGUUCGUUACGUUCGCGGAUCCGGCGAGUGUAGACAAAGUCCUGGCUCAGCCCCACCACGAGCUGGACUCUAAGACGAUUGACCCUAAAGUUGCAUUUCCCCGACGAGCACAGCCUAAGAUGGUCACAAGAACAAAGAAAAUAUUUGUGGGUGGCUUAUCGGCUAACACGGUAGUGGAGGACGUAAAGCAAUACUUCGAGCAGUUUGGCAAGGUAGAGGACGCCAUGCUUAUGUUUGACAAGACGACCAACAGGCAUAGAGGAUUUGGCUUCGUAACUUUUGAAAAUGAAGACGUGGUGGAAAAAGUCUGUGAAAUUCAUUUCCACGAAAUCAAUAAUAAAAUGGUAGAAUGUAAGAAAGCACAACCUAAAGAAGUGAUGUUUCCGCCAGGGACGAGAGGAAGGGCACGUGGAUUACCGUAUACCAUGGACGCUUUUAUGCUAGGGAUGGGAAUGUUGGGUUACCCAAAUUUUGUUGCAACGUAUGGCCGAGGAUAUCCCGGAUUUGCCCCCAGCUACAGCUAUCAGUUCCCAGCCCUAUUACCAUAUUUAAAUGCAAGUUUUCCGGCAGCGGCCUAUGGACCAGUAGCAGCGGCAGCCGUGGCGGCAGCAAGAGGAUCAGGUAGGGGGGCCCGUGGAAGAGCAAACCCUCAGAGUGCAGGGUCAGUUAUGUUUUGUUGUUUUCUCUCUUGCUUGGUUGGGGCUGCUGUGAGAGAGGGUGUCUCUGAGGCAUACUUUCCGGCCUCUCUUACACUCGGACGUGCACACCUCCUCUCAAACACUCUUCUGAGCGCUCUCAGCGGGAAGGCUCCAACCCAGCCCGACCCGGAGGCUUCCCCGGGGCCAACAGCCCAGGGCCCGUCGCGGAUCUCUACGGCACGGCCAGCCAGGACUCCGGCGUGGGUAACUACAUAAGCGCCGCCAGCCCGCAGCCGGGCUCCGGCUUCGGCCACGGCAUCGCCAGUCUCUCUGGAUGUCCGGGCAAGACGGGGCGAAGUUUCUGACGGGGCCCACGUUGGGGUGAUCUCAUCAGACUUUGAGCACAUCAUCAUCACCGGUAACGCAAACUGGAGGUGGCACUCGACGGACUUAGGUCGUCUAAAAACAAAUCUCUCUCAUCAUCUCAUGAAUCUGCUGUACUAUAAAAACAACAGCUUUUAAAAGUAUGUAUAUAAAAUCCAUUUCUUGGUCGUUUUAUUUUCUUGAUGGGUUCCCCCCCCCCUUUUUAAACCUCUCCAAACCACGUUUUUUUCAUAGCCUUUUGACAUAGUCUCGUAGCCACGUAGUUCUAAUUCUUUGUGUAUCUAGCAAGAGCCUAACCAUAGUGUAACUGUUUAUAUUAAGAGGUUUCUUUCGUUCUUUCUUUCCCACCUCCCCUCCUUCUCCCUUCUGUUUUAUGUAGUUGUUGUUGCUUAAAGGAUGCUGAGAUGGUGACAGGAGUCUCAGCCGCUGGUACCGGCUCCGCAGCCGGCGGCGGGCACGGUUACGGGGUGGCCUUGCAGGGCACGGGGGGGCACGGGUGAGCAGCAGGUUCUCUAGCCCUUCUUUUCAUUUGUGGUGUCUUCUUUAACCUAUAAUUCUCUCUAUUUUGGGCAAUAAGGCAAGGACUACAAACUUUUUGUGCGUCCUUUUUUUCUAUAAGUGCUUUUUUUUGUUGAAAGAGGUGAUAUAAGGUUUUUUGAAAUCGUGAAUUCUGAAAAAAAAAAAAUGAAAAAAAAAAAGAAAAAUACUGUAAAUACAAUUCCAUUAACUACAUAGAAACUAUUACGAAAGAGAAAUACAAACCUAUUUUUGUGAUGGAGUCAGCCUAAGGCAGUUUCUCUAUGAAACAAAUGGAAGAAAAGAGACAAGGUGUUAGAGGUUUGCCCGGCCGCCGGCGCUGGCCCGCGGGAGGUAGGUGAUGCACACACUGCUCGGCUUGCUCCGUAGGCAUGGUAGACCUUCCAGCUCUCCUAGCGUCAUACCAGCAUCUUCACUAUCAGACGUGCACAGCUUACAAAGGAACAGUCUAGUGGUAUUGGUUAUUUUCAUUUCAAAACCUGCUUUUUUUUUUUUUUUUCCCCAAGACUGGAAAAAGAAAAAAAAAAAGAAGCUACAAUUUACUCUUUUUUGGUCCUAUUUAAUGCAUUUACGGUUCAAAGCACACCUUUCAUCCUGGGGGUUUUUUAAGUUGUUUUCAACUCGAUCAACUUGCUGUCCAGUCAUUUCAGCUGCUCUGGGUAGCCUGGGUGGAGGUGAGGUCCUUCCUCCUCCUCCUCCCUCACUGCUGCAGGCAGAGCAGCUUCCAAGCUUGCAUGGUUACCUGUUUCAUCCAUUACUUUCUGUAGUAACAAAUUACGAAAGCAACUUUCGGUUGUGGUUUUUUUGGGUUGUUUUUUUUUUGGGAAUACCUCAGUGCUACAAGUUUCACCCUAGAAGCAACGGAAGAUUUUUUUUCUUGUUGUUGUUUCCUUUUUUUUUUUUUAAUUUAUUGUAGUUAUAAACAGAAUUUAAAAAAAAAAAAAAAAAGAAAAAUAAAUAACUAUAAAACAUCAUUGCACUGUGACUGGUAGGGGAAAAACUGACAGUUUCCUAUUUGCACAUGUUUAAUAUUUGGCUGUUAUAUAUAAUGGUCCUCUGUCGGGGGAGGAAACUUAAUGAAGGAUGUUUUUUAAUUUAAGUUUUGUAAUAUGGGUCGCUAGGGCCUGCAAACAGCAAACCUAGAAGUACAGCCUGGUCGAGGUGGCAUUACGGACAUACUGUAGCGCGGAUAGAGUUCUUCUUUUUUUAAUGUACUCUGGACAAGGGUUUUCUUGCUAUUUUUUUAACUUGUUACGUUUAUAAACUUGGUACUUUAGGUACAGGCAGUACAAGACACUGAAUGCGACAUUUGUUAACAAGAGCUGCUGCACUCCUAUUUUUGUAAUCUUUACUAAUGAGUAGACUUAACGUAGACGUUCACUAGACAAGGUAGAGCAAGGCAUCUGUAACAAAAACAAGGCACCAUACUGCGAACCGAGAGGAGAAAUCCUUGGUUUUUCUUGUUUUUAAACAACAGAAAAAAAAAAAAAAAAGAAAAAAAAAAGAGUCAUGCUUUUUAUGUGAUCUUUUAGGUUUUUUUUCUUAUUUCCGAACAACCAGGUUUAAGCAAAAUGCUGGACGCUUUUUAACUCUUGAGACUUGAUCAAGUAAUAAAAGAAAUGAAACAAUUCUUUAAAAAAUAAAAAUGCUAAAAAAAAAAAAGAAAAUACAAAAAAAAAACCCACCAACCUACAAACCAAAUUCCCUGGAAUUCAAUGUACCGUCAGGGAAUUUUUUAUUGCUAUUUUGUCAAUGUUGAUGAUGUACUGUACUACCAGUUGGUUUUCCUCUCCAUUCCCUGUCACCUCAUAGACUCUUCUUUGUUGAUCAUUGUUGUAUGUUAAUAGUGUAUAAAAUGCUAUCUUGUAAGAGUGCUGUCCUGAUGCUAGUGUAGUGAAUUUCCCCCCCCCUUUCUCUCUUCUUCUUCUAGUACAUAUUGGUAGGUGUAUCGUAAUUAAGGUUAUAAAUUUAGAUGUAGUUAUUCAGAUUUAGGACCAGUAAGGAUAGAACUUUCUCUUAUUUAAGGAAAAAAAAACUAAUAAUUUUGGGAAGGUUUUCCUUUCUUUUUUUCUUCCUUUUUUUCUUUGCUUUCUUUGAUUUCCUUGGUUUCUUCUUUCUUUUGCUGAUCUGAUGCGGUUUCAACUAACCAAAGGUCUCACAAUGUUAAAAAAUGCUGGCAAACUCUUUAAGGCAUUUGUAGAUCCCCCCCUUGACGUUGAGAGGGGAUGUGCCAUACUACCUUAAAUGCUAAUGCUAGAUAUGCAAAACUGGAUUUUUUUAGUUUAUUUUUUAACAGAGGGAGGCACGGUAUAUUAAAAACGAUUUUACUAAGAGAAAAACAAAAAAUAAAA